AUGUCAUCACCAUUUCCAACUGUAGCUGAAAAAAUUAAAGGUGUUCAAAUUUUAGGACCAAUUCCUGAUAAUGCAAAACAUAUUUUUUCACAAGAAGCUUUAGCAUUUGUUGCAACUUUACAUAGAGGUUUUGAAAAUAAAAGACAAGAAUUAUUAUUAAAUAGAAAAAAAGAACAAGAAUUAAGAGAUCAAGGUAAAUUACCAAAUUUUUUACCAGAAACUCAAUAUAUUAGAGAUGAUAAAACUUGGACUGGUCCUCCUUUAGCUCCAGGAUUAAUUGAUAGAAGAUGUGAAAUUACUGGUCCAACUGAUAGAAAAAUGGUUAUUAAUGCAUUAAAUUCAAAUGUUGCUACUUAUAUGGCUGAUUUUGAAGAUUCUUUAACUCCUGCUUGGAAAAAUUUAGUUGAUGGUCAAGUUAAUUUAUAUGAUGGUGUUAGAAGAAAUUUAAAAUUUGAAACAAAUGGUAAAAAAUAUGAAUUAAAUUUAUCAAAAGAUAGACAUAUUCCAACUUUAAUUGUUAGACCAAGAGGUUGGCAUUUAACUGAAAAACAUGUAUUAGUUGAUGGUACUCCAGUUUCAGGUGGUAUAUUUGAUUUUGGUAUUUAUUUUUUUAAUAAUGCAAAAGAAACUUUAGCAAGAGGUUUUGGACCAUAUUUUUAUUUACCAAAAAUGGAACAUCAUUUAGAAGCUAAAUUAUGGAAUGAUAUUUUUAAUUAUUCUCAAGAUUAUAUUGGUUUACCAAGAGGUACAAUUAGAGGUUCAGUAUUAAUUGAAACUAUUCCUGCAGUUUUCCAAAUGGAUGAAAUUAUUUAUCAAUUAAGAGAACAUUCUGCUGGUUUAAAUUGUGGUAGAUGGGAUUAUAUUUUCUCAUAUAUUAAAUGUUUAAGAAAUCAUCCAGAAUUUGUUUUACCUGAUAGAUCACAAAUUACAAUGUCAGCUCCAUUUAUGUCUGCAUAUGUUAAAUUAUUAGUUCAUACUACUCAUAGUAGAAAAGUUCAUGCAUUAGGUGGUAUGGCUGCUCAAAUUCCAAUAAAGGAAGAUCAAGAAAGAAAUAGAAAAGCUUUGGAAAAUGUUACAAAAGAUAAAUUAAGAGAAGUUACUUUAGGUUGUGAUUCUUGUUGGGUUGCUCAUCCUGCAUUAGUACCAGUUGUAUUAAAAGUUUUUAAUGAACAUAUGAAAGGUCCAAAUCAAAUUGAUUUACCACCAAAAGAACCUUUUAAACCAAUUACCCAAAGAGAUUUAUUAGCUCCAUUUGUACCAGGUGGUGUUAUUACUGAAGCUGGUAUUAGAGCUAAUAUUAUUAUUGGUAUUUCAUAUAUUGAAGCAUGGUUAAGAAAUGUUGGUUGUGUCCCAAUUAAUUAUCUUAUGGAAGAUGCUGCAACUGCAGAAGUUUCAAGAACUCAAAUUUGGCAAUGGGUUACUCAUGGUGCUCAUACAAACACUGGUAAAUUAAUUUCAAAAGAUUAUGUUAAACAAUUAUUAGAUGAAGAAUAUAAAAAUUUAUUACAAAAUGCAAAACCAGGUAAUAAAUUUAAACAAGCUUUUACUUAUUUUGCUCCAGAAGCUCUUGGUGAAAAAUAUUCAGAUUUCGUAACUACUUUAAUUUAUGAUGAUGUUACAACUAUUGGAAGAUCAAUUCCAGGUGAAAAAUUAUAA